UCAGAAUUUCUUGUUCUCACACACGCACAAACUUCUGGAAAGAGAGCGAGAGAGAGACACACACACACAUAGACAGGAGCCAUCAAGACUCCGGACAGGCUGUGAGGGCUCCGACAUGUCGCUGCUCAUACUCAUUUGGACUACUUUUGCGGUGCUGUGGUCUCCCGCCUGGACGCAGUUCCCCGAGUUGGCGGACGUGUGCACGGAAGGCAGCUGCUACCCGGCCACGGGGGAUCUGCUGAUCGGACGCGCCCACAAGCUCAACGCCUCGUCCACGUGCGGCCUGCGUGGAGGCGAAACCUUCUGCAUCGUGGGACACCUGGAGGAGGAGACCAACUGCUUCCCGUGCGACUCCAGGGACCCGUACGACGAGGAUGUCAACCCUCUGAGCCACACCAUCGAGAAUGUGGUCACCACCUUCGCCCCCAACCGCCUCAAAACGUGGUGGCAGUCGCAAAACGGUGUGGAGAAUGUGACCAUAAAGCUGGACCUGGAGGCAGAGUUCCAUUUCACCCACCUCAUCAUGACUUUUAAGACGUUCCGGCCGGCCGCAAUGGUGAUCGAGCGUUCGAUGGACUUCGGGAAGACGUGGCAGGUGUACCGCUACUUUGCCUACGAUUGCCGGACGGCAUUUCCCGGCGUGUCCCCGGGGCCCAUGGUGAAGGUGGACGACAUCAUCUGCGACUCGCACUACUCAGACAUCGAACCCUCCACCGAGGGAGAGGUGAUCUUCCGGGUGCUGGACCCCGCCUUUGAGAUCGAGGACCCGUACAGCUUGAGGAUUCAGAACAUGCUGAAGAUCACCAACCUGCGUGUCAACUUCCUGAAGCUGCACACGCUGGGAGACAACCUACUGGACACGCGCAAGGAGGUGACAGAGAAGUACUACUACGCGCUCUACGACAUGGUCGUCCGUGGCAACUGCUUCUGCUACGGACACGCCUCCGAGUGCGCCCCCAUCGAUGGAGCACCGACGGGAGCCGAGGGAAUGGUUCACGGGCGGUGCGUGUGCAACCACAACACAGAGGGCCUGAACUGCGAGCGAUGCAAGGCCUUUCAUCACGAUCUCCCCUGGAGGCCUGCCGAGGGCCGCAACGCACACGCUUGCAAGAGGUGCGAGUGCAACCAGCACUCAGGUUCCUGCCACUUCGACAUGGCCGUCUACAUGACCACGGGUAACGUCAGCGGCGGCGUGUGCGACCACUGUCAGCACAACACGGUGGGUCGCCAGUGCGAGCAGUGUGCUCCCUUCUUCUAUCAGCACCCCAACCGAGACUUGCGGGACCCCAACGUCUGCGAGCCUUGUAACUGUGACCCGGUGGGAUCCCUGCAAGGGGGGCUUUGUGAUGCCAGGACCGACGUGGGCGCCGGACUCAUCUCGGGCCAGUGUCGCUGCAAAGACCACGUUGAGGGGGUGCGCUGCGACCACUGCAAACAUGGUCACUAUGGAUUGGGAAAAGGCCCGCAAGGAUGCCUGGCUUGUGUCUGCAGUCCACUGGGAACGCUGCCGGGAAGCAACUCCUGUGACUCGGAGUCAGGAAGGUGCUUCUGCAAGCGGCUGGUCAGCGGCCACGAAUGCGACCAGUGUCUGCCGCAACACUGGGGUCUGUCCAAUGACAUGGAUGGAUGUAGACCAUGUGACUGCGACAAGGGAGGGGCUCUCAACAAUGACUGCGACCCGGUGUCUGGACAGUGCCAAUGCAGGGAGCACAUUUUCGGCAGGCGCUGCAACCAACUUGAGUCCGGCUUCUACUUCACGGCUCUGGACCACUACACCUACGAGGCUGAGGACGCCCAACACGGACCUGGAGUGUCAGUGGUUCAGCGACCAUACCCUCUGGAUCGUAGCCCCACGUGGACUGGAAUGGGAUUCGUUAAUGUACCAGAGGGAGCCUACUUAGAGUUUAACAUCGACAACAUCCCAGACUCCAUGGACUACGAUGUGCUCAUCCGCUACGAGCCACAGCUUCCGGAGCAGUGGGAGCAGGUUGACAUCAGAGUCCAGCGCCCCGUCUUCAACCCACCCAACUACUCCGUCUACUGCAGUGGUUCCGUCAGUGAUGGAGAUGAGCAAUACGUCUCUCUGCCACCCGGUUCAAGACACGUGUUGCUGCCCACCCCCGUGUGUUUUGAGAAGGGACAGAACUACACAGUCCACAUCGGCCUGCCGCUCUACUCGUCCUACAGCGACAUGCACAGCCCUUAUACGCUCAUCGAUUCACUGGUGUUGAUGCCCCGGGUCCGGGAGCUGGAAGUAUUCCUGGGCACAGAGGGUGAAGCAGCCUGGGAUACGUUCCAGCGCUACCGCUGCCUGGAGAGCAGCCAGAGCGUUGUCAAGAGCCCGAUGACAGACAUCUGCAGCGACUACAUUUUCAGUGUUUCUGCACUGCUGCACAAAGGAGCCAUGCCGUGCCAGUGUGACCCGCAAGGUUCUGUCAGCGCUGUGUGCGAGGCCAGCGGAGGCCAGUGUCAGUGUCGACCCAAAGUGGUCGGCAGGAACUGUGACCACUGUGCCCCCGCCACCUUCCUCUUCAGCCCCACCGGAUGCAGACUCUGUGAAUGUGAUCCUCGAGGGUCAAUUGGCGCCCUUUGCCACGAAUCGACCGGGCAGUGCAACUGUGUUCCCGGGGCCGCGGGGCGCCAAUGUGCCCACUGUCUGCCGGGAUUUUGGGGGUUUCCUCAUUGUCGACCAUGUCAAUGCAACGGCCACAGCGAAGCCUGCCACCCCGAGACCGGAGAGUGCCAAGGCUGCCGAGACUUAACCACCGGACACUACUGUGAGAGAUGUCUGCAUGGUUACCAUGGUGACCCAGAGUUGGGCUCCGGCAGCCACUGUCGACCAUGUUUGUGCCCCGACGGCCCGCAGAGUGCACGUCAGUUUGCCGACAGCUGCUACACGGAGGCCGACACAAACCAGCUGGUGUGUGUGUGUAGCCCCGGCUAUAAAGGUGCCAGGUGUGACGAGUGUUCCCCAGGUCACUUCGGCAACCCGCUGGUGCCCGGCGGGCGUUGUUUGGCGUGCCAGUGCAACGGCAACAUCAACAUGGAAGACCCGGGAUCCUGUGACGCUCGGACAGGCUCGUGUCUCAAGUGUUUGUACCACACGGAUGGCUAUGCCUGCCAGCACUGCACUACCGGUUACUAUGGCAAUGCCGCCACUCAAAGUUGCAGAAAGUGCAUGUGCCAGCCAGCGGGCACGGCGCCACAUGCGUGUUCAUCGCCAGAUGAGUGCCAGUGCGACCAGCACAGCGGCCAAUGCGCCUGCCUGCCCAACGUGGUCGGCCAGAACUGCGAGCGCUGCGCGCAGGACACGUGGAACAUGGCGAGCGGAACGGGCUGCCAGCACUGUGACUGUGACCCGGUCCACUCCUUUGGCUCCUCCUGUGAUGAGGUGACGGGACGGUGCUCGUGUAAACCGGGUUUCGGUGGCAGGACGUGUCGGGAAUGCAGGGAGCUCUUCUGGGGGGAUCCAGAAGUCAAGUGUCAUGCUUGUGACUGCGACCUCCGUGGGAUUUCCAGCGAGCAGUGUGAUCGGGCGACCGGACACUGCACAUGCGUGGCGAGCGUGUCGGGCCCGCGGUGCGACAAAUGCGCCAGGGGCUACCAGGGGGAGUUUCCCGACUGCCAGCCUUGUCACCAGUGCUUCGCCACGUGGGACCGGGUGGUCGAAGAGCUGACGAACCAAACGCGGCGAUUGGAGGCAAAGGUGACAGAGCUGCAGACCAGCGGAGUGACGGCACCGUACCAAGACUUAGUGACCAGCCUGGAGACCAACGUCAAGACCGUCAUGGAGAUUGUGCAGAGUAACCCUGCAGCGGUGAAGCUGGAGGAGAUCCAGGACCUGAUGCACCAGAUCACUGGCGUCAUGUCCUACGUGGACGGGAAGGUUAACACAACAGAGGAGACCUUGAAUGUCCUCCAGAGUGAGGUCAGCGCCAGCGACGCUAACUUGGACGAGCUGACGGAGCAGGCAAACCGCUUGGAGCGCCGUGUCCAGGAGCUCAGGCAGAAGGUGUAUGAUGCCAAGAACGCCAACUUUCAGGGGGCCAUGGACACCAUCACAGAGGCAAACCAAGAGUCGCUACGAGCGGAAAUCCGAGUCAAUGCCUCCAGCAGUGAUCCUGGGAACACCGUGGAGCAGUCGGCGGUACUUCGCACGGUGACUGAGGAGAAGCUGAAUGGCAGCCGGAAGGAGUUUGAUCGCAAGUACCAGCGAAACACACAGAAGAUGGACAAGCUCAAGAACGAGCUGGAGAAACUGGAUCUGUCAAAUCUCAGCAAGAAGAUGUGCGGCACCGCGGCCGAUGGCGACGAGUGUCCCGGCUCCGCUUGUGGCGGGUUGGGCUGCGCGGAAAAGGACGGUGUCGCCCGGUGUGGUGGCGAAGGAUGUGAAGGCCUCGUCGCGAUCACCCGAACCGCUCUCAAGUCAGCCAAGGAGCUCGAUGAGGAAAUCCUGUCAGCCGUGCAGGAGGUGGACAAGCUCUCCAGGAUGGUGUGGGAGGCCAGCAAUCGAGCAAGGGAGGCCAAGGUGAACGCUCAACGGGUGCUGAUCAAAUCCAACCAAAGCAAAGAGCGGGUGGAGCAGAGCAAUGAGCAACUGCGCCGCCUCAUCAAAGACAUACGAGACCUGCUCAUGAACGACAAGGCCAAUGCAUCCGUCAUCGAGGCAGUGGCCAACGAGGUCCUAGCCCUAGAUAUGCCCACGUCGACGGAGAAGCUGCAGGAGCUGACAAGGGAAAUCAAGGAGAAGGUCAAGGCUCUGACCAACGUGGAAAACAUUCUCAUCCAGAGUGCCGACGACAUGAAAGCUGCGAAGGAGCUGUUGAAGCAGGCCGAGGCCGCCAAUCAGGACGCAUCCGACUUGACGGAGCGGUCACAAGCGGUGAAGACGGCUCUGGACGAGACUGAGCGUGCUCAGAGCCUUGCUGUGGAUGCCAUCCAACUGGCCCAGAAGAACACCAAGGGCACUCUGGACUUGCUCCUUUCUGUGGACUCAGAGACGGCGUCGUCAGAGCAGCGUCUUGGAAACACCACGGGCCGGCUGCUGCAGCUGGAGCGCGAGGUGGGCCUCCUAAGGCAGAACGAGCUGGAGGUCAACAGCAUGGCGGAGACGGCCGACUGGAUCAGCGAACGGGCCAAGCAGGAGGCCGACGAGGCCCAGCAGGAGUUUGACACGGAGGUGAAGGACAAACUGGAGGAGGUGGAGGACCUGGUGGAGGACAAGGGGGAGUCGGUGCUGCAGGCGAGGAGACGAGCAGACGAGCUGCAGCAGGAGGCCAGGGAGCUGCUGGCUCAGAGCAGCGGCAAACUCAAGAGACUACAAGAGCUGGAAAGCUCCUACGAGGACCACCAGAGAACCAUUGAGGCGAAAGCCGCAGAGCUGGCCGAGCUGGAGGAGACCGCCCGCCGCAUCUUGGAUGACAUCAGUCACAAGGUGAUGCUCUACAGCACCUGCCUGUGAGAAAAGGAGCGAGGCUCCUCUAAAAGCAGACAUGUGAUCUAACCAAUGAGGCAGCUUUCGGCGCCAUGUUGACUCUUCUGCAGUCAAUCGUGCGAGUCGUGACCAAAACCACUAGACACCUAACGGACCUCUGUGCCACUAAGCCAAAGUGGGAACAAAUGAGCAGAGCCUACUCAUCAAGAAUUUGGGAUACCGGGCUUUGUGAAUUUUGCUGUUCAGAUUCUUAUUAGAGAUCAAAAAGUACGGAAACAUUCAACAGUUGGAGAUGUGCAUUCAAAUGUUUUGACUAAGUGAGGUUUUGUGUAUUUUACCUUCUUCCUGAAAUUUCAACACAAAAGCGCAAUAUGCCUCCACUUUUUGUGUCGCCAUACGAGUUUUUGACUGAAUGGAUCAAGAGGCGUAGUAUUCAGAAACUUAUUGACAAAAUAUGUUUCAAGCCUCUUGGAAUUAGUGUGUGGAAUCAUACUUAAUCAAAAACAUUUCUUUCCUGUACAAGGAAAAUAAAAUGUAACUUUUUAUUCCAAAAAUAAAACCAAUGAAGCAUUUGUUUAAUCAAUUAUUGGGAUUUUUUUUUUUUUUUUUAAUAAAGUUUGACCCACAGCCA